AUGGACUUCAUUACAGGGUUGCCGAGGACGGCUAGAGGUUUCACAGUGAUCUGGGUAAUUGUGGAUCGCUUAACAAAGUCUGCGCAUUUCAUACCAGGCAAGGCCACCUUUUCAGUAGAACGGUGGGCGGAGUUGUAUAUGCAAGAGAUAGUUAAACUCCAUGGCAUACCAGCGUCCAUCAUGUCAGAUCGAGACCCCCGCUUCACGUUAACUUUUUGGCGAAGUUUGCACAAAGCACUUGAGACUCAGCUCAAUUCUACUACGGCGUUCCAUCACCAGACCGAUGGCCAGACUGAGCGACUGAAUCAGAUUUUAGAGGAUAUGUUGAGGGCUUGCGUCUGGACUUCGACAGCUCAGAGCAGACAGAAGAGUUACGCUGAUGUUAGGCGAAGAGCAUUGGAGAAUGAUGUGGGCGACCACGUUUUUCUUCGUGUGGCACCGGUAAAGGGAGUUCUACGUUUUGGUAUGAAGGGAAAACUCAGUCCAAGAUUUAUUGGUCCUUUUGAGAUCUUUGAGCGCAUUGGCCCAGUCGCUUACUGGUUGGCCUUGCCACCGUCGUUGAAUGCGGUGCAUAACGUGUUCCACGUGUCCAUGCUGAGGAAGUAUGUCCAUGACCCUUCACACGUCUUGGAUUAUGAACCACUGCAAGUGGACGAAACCUUGUGUUACAAGGAGGUACCCAUUGAGAUCGUAGCAAGAGAGACCAAGGUGCUGCGGAAUCGGGCAAUUGACUUGGUGAAGGUCUUGUGGAGAAAUUACCAAGUGGAGGAAGCCACCUGGGAAAGGGAGGACGAAAUUAGAGCCCGGUACCCUGAAUUAUUUGAACGACGAACUUUCGAGGACGAAAGUUUCUAA